UCAGUCUAUGGUGAGCGAAUGUAAACACCACCAGUGUGACAAAAGACAGCGAUGCUCACCUCUCGGUAAUGGCGCGUAUAAAUGCGUCAAUAUCACAUGCGAUCACACACGACAUGUUAACGGAGAUGAUCAAUCUGGCACGAGCAUUGCUGGGACUAACAGUUCAUACGUGUUAACGUGCCCAGAUAACAUGUUCCUCAGUGGUGACACGAGCAUAACGUGUCUCCUAAAUGGGGAGUGGUCGGUACCAGAAGCUACUUGCAUGGCGACAACAAUUGGAACAGCGUGUACAAGUAACUCUGACUGUAAUGAGUCCGAGGCAAUAUGUAACCAAGGUUACUGUUUUUGUAACCGAUUCUACCGAUAUGACCCUGAUUCCAAAGAAUGUAUGAAAGUUUGUACAGUAUUGACCAACUCUUUUUCGUUCACCAAGGGAAUGCGUGUGGCAGGCUUUAAUGACCGCGGGUUUUCACCACAAACUUUCACUGAUUGCCAAACACUAUGUAUAGAUGAUACAGACUGUGUGUCGUUUGAAUAUAAUACGGAAUCAGGCAGAUGUAGGAGAAGUUCUCUUUCAAAACAAAUGGUGCAAGAUGCUUUGCCUGAUUUCAUUUUAUAUGACAAUGAAAAAGUUGAUUUCUAUGACAGAGAGUGUUUAUAA